AGAUUCGGUGAAAGAGCUUUGAGAGAAGAGAAUCUGCCUGCAGUUGAAGAAAUUCUGCCUGCAGUUGAAGAGAAUCUGCCUGUAGUUGAAGAGAAUCUGCCUGCAGUUGAAGAAAAUAUUCAAGAUGAAUGUUUUCAGGUAACCCUUCAUUAA